UUUGACUUAACCAGUUGGCCGGUGACCGCAGAGUGCGCUGGGCGCCUAUUCUACAACUUCGUACGAUUUGUUACGCGAACGAGUGCUCAUGGAUAAUUUUAAAAUUGUUGAUUUCAACUCUUUGAGUGAACAUGUUCAAAAUUUGAUCAAAACUGCGGCUGAAGUAAGGAAAAGGUCAUACUGUCCGUAUUCUAACUUCGCCGUAGGAUGUGCGAUAUUUACCGAAGAGGAGGGCAAAGUUUACACGGGUUGCAACAUCGAGAACUCGACGCUAUCGCCGACGCUGUGCGCGGAGAGGACGGCUAUCGGGAAGGCCGUGAGUGAAGGCCACUUGAAGUUCAAGACGGUGGCCGUGGUGGCGCACCAGCAGGACUUCACGGCGCCCUGCGGAGUCUGCCGGCAGACGCUCAGCGAGUUCCGCGGCUCCGAUGGAGAUAUAGAAGUAUUUCUGAGCAGGCCCACCUUUGACGAUGUGCUGUGCACUACGCUUUCAAACCUAUUGCCCUUAUCUUACAUAAGCUAUAAAAAGGACAAUAUUUUAUAGAAAUAGUUUUAGUAAAGUGACUCCUCUAAAUUAAUGCUAUCCUUGGGUAUCGUGAUCAAUAAAAUACGUAAGUAAAUUCGAAAUAAAAAGCCGAAAAGCUUUAUAUGU